GGACAUCACUGAAACAUCUCCACCAUGGCAGAAAUUGAUGAAAUGACCUUUUUAACCACGCCAACUGACUACUCCUCAUACUACGACUCCAUCAAUGAAACCUUCUCCCCCUGCGAGGAGUUUGACUUGAGCUUCAGCAGAUGGUUUGUGGUGACCCUCUACACCCUGGUCUUCAUCCUCGGCUCCAUCGGGAACAGCCUCGUUGUGUUUGUCCUGGUGAAGCACUGGAACCAGACCAACCUGACGGACCUGUGCCUCUUCAACCUGGCCCUCUCAGACCUGCUCUUCAUCUUCUCGCUGCCGUUCUACAUCCACUACAUGGUGAUCGGUGACUGGACCUACGGAAACUUCAUGUGCCAAUUCCUGUCAUGCUCCCAUCAGUCCGGCUUCUUCAGCAGCAUCUUCUUCAUGGUCGUCAUGACGAUGGACCGCUACGUGGUCAUCAUGCACGCUCACGGCGUGGCUCGGUAUCGCACCAUGAAGACGGGCGUCAUUAUGGUCACGGUCGUCUGGAUGCUGAGUUUCUUCAUCUCCCUGCCUGCGUUCAUCUUCGCCAACGUGACGGUGGAGGACCAGGACACGGGAUGUUACUACUCCCCGGAAAACGAGGGCUGGAUGCAUUACGACCUCUUCAUCACCAACGUGUUGGGCCUGGUGGUUCCCAUGUUGGUGAUGGUGAUUUGCUACUCCAGGAUCAUCCCCACUCUGAUGAGCAUGAAGACUGCCAAGAAGCACCGCGUUGUGAGGCUCAUCAUCUCCAUCAUGGUCAUCUUCUUCCUGUUCUGGGCUCCGUACAACAUUUCCCGUUUCCUGAAGUUCCUGUACUCCCAAGACCUCAUCGAGAGCAGCUGCGCCUGGGAAGGAAACCUCAAGCUGUCAACGACAGUGACCGAGGCCAUCGCCUACACCCACUGCUGCCUGAACCCCAUCAUCUACGCCUUCGUGGGACAGAAGUUCAUGAGGAGAGUUCUGCAGCUGCUGAAGAAGUGGGCUCCGGACUCAUUCAUCAGCUCCUCCUCCUAUAGGUCCUCCAGGAAGAGCUCGGUCGGGUCCAGGUCCUCCAAUGUCACCUCCACCAUCAUCAUGUAG